AUGGUCGUCGUCAACCAGUGUCGCGCACUAUUCCUUGCGUCAUGCCUUUCUGCAGCAGCGUCCGCCCAGAAUGCUACCUUGCCAAUCGUUGACCUCGGAUAUGAAUUACAUCAGGCGGCGCACUUUGACAGUGUUACCAAUCUGUAUAACUUCUCGAACGUUCGUUAUGCCGCACCUCCCGUUGGUGACUUACGAUUUGCCGCGCCCCAGGUCCCUGCUGUCAACCGAUCCGUCUUGCAAAGAGGUGAUGUUGGUCGCAUAUGUGCACAAGGUAGCCCAGACUGGUUUACAGCCGAACUGUCGGUUGUUCCAGACUUACUUAGCGGUAAUUCUGCAUCGAUCAAUGUAUCGGAAGCCACCAAGGCCCUGCAAGAUCUGAGAGCUCAAACUUCAGCUCAAGUAGCAGCAAACUCUUCCGCCCUUCUCGCCAACCAAGACCCUCGUGUGUCAGAAGAUUGCCUGUUUCUCGAUGUAUUUGCCCCAAAGGACGCCUUCGAUCUAGUCGGCAAGGGAUACGGAAGUCCCGUCAUGGUCUAUAUUCACGGAGGAGGUUUCGCGUCCGGUUCGAAAGCCGACACGAAGUCAACAAGCUUACUCGAUCAAGCCAAGAUCGAUGGUGAAAAUAUUGUGUUUGUAACCAUAAACUAUAGGUUAGGUGCUUUUGGUUGGCUCAGUGGACCCGAAUUUCAAGCCAGUGGCGGUAUAGCGAAUGCAGGUCUUCAUGACCAAAGGCUUGCACUAGAAUGGGUUCAGAAGAACAUCCACCUCUUUGGUGGUGAUCCGAACAGAGUGACAAUCAUGGGUUCUUCUGCGGGAGCCAGUAGCGUCUUGCAUCAGAUCACGGCAUACGGAGGAAAGAAAAGCCCUUCACCUUUCGCACAAGCCAUUUUGGAGUCGCCUGGUUUCGCCCCAUUGCCAUCUGCAAUUCAGCAGCAGAAGACCUUUGAUCAAUACAUGUCGUACCUCAACGUCACUAGUCUGACCGAUGCGCGUCAGCUCCCUUCGCAAGCCUUACUUGCGGCUAACUCUCUUUCCAUCGCUCUCGCACCAUUUGGUAGCUUCGGAUACAGCAUUGCCGUGGAUGGAGAUUUCGUCCCUGCGCUACCAGGUCAGCUGUUGGCGAACGGCUUCUACGACAAGUCCAUCAAGAACAUUAUGACUGGACAUGCUUUGAACGAAGCACUCGGAUUCACCGACCCCACGACCCAAAACGACACCGCAUUCAGAAAGUCAGUGAUCGGUAACUUCCCUUCUCUGGCUGCCUACCCCGAUGAAGUCGACUAUAUCGUCAACACUCUCUAUCCUCCAAUCUUCGAUGGCUCGCAAGCUCAGAAUUAUACCACCCAGCUUCUGCGUGCUUCCGCGUUCAAUUCCGAGGUCUCGCUUACAUGCAGCAAUUACUACCUGAACAAGGCUUUUGCAAAUUCGUCUUAUGGUUAUGAAUUUGCAGUGCCGCCAUCUUUGCAUGUGGCAUCUUCUGCCUCGAUCUUUACCCCGACGAAUGUUCUCCGUGGAAACUCGACCAGCAAUAUCGACUGGAAAUCUCCACUUGAUGAUGCACAGAUUGCUUAUGCCAUGCAAAGUUAUGUUACCAGAUUCGUGGCUACUGGAAACCCGAACAAAGAUGGCAUUGCGGAGUUUGGAAUCUAUGGAGGUGAUAAUUCUGUGAUUGUUGUUAAUACGACGGGUAUUGUUGGCGCUAGAGCUUCUGUUGCGAAUGAGAGGUGUGACUUUUGGCAGAAGGGCCUGUUCUACUGA